AUGAGUUCCUCACUUUGGUACGGUGUUACACCUUGGGUUACAAACAUGGGCUACCAAAACGCCUUUAUCGUAGCAGCUUGUGUUUCGCUUGCACAGUUUGCUCUUGCGUUUGUGUUCGUCAGAUAUGGCAAGCCGAUGCGAAGGAGUAGUGCGGCAAAGUAUGCAAGAUAUGUUCAGAGAGCCAAAGCUGAUGGACUCGCUCACUAG